AUGCUACACACACCUACACAUACCAACGGCAAUCCGCCAGACCAACCCUCAACUUCCCAAACCCAGAACGGCCGCCCAAUUCAACAUUGCACCCUUCACCGCAAGGACCUCUCCCCCUCCCCCUUCACCCAGUUCCACACCUGGUUCACGCAUCCCGCCCUCGUCUCAACCGUCCCAGAAACAUGCACCCUCUCCACUGCCUCCCUCCCCUCCGGCCGCGUGUCCGCACGCAUGGUCUACCUCAAGGAACUCGAUAGCAGCGGCGGCUUCGUCAUCUACAGCAAUUUCGGCACCUCCCGGAAAGCAAGGGACCUGGAGACGAACAAGUAUGCAAGUCUGGUCUUCUGGUGGAAAGCGCUGGAGCGGCAGGUGAGGGUCGAGGGCAAGGCGGAGAGGUUGAGCGAGGUGGAGAGUCAGGUUUAUUAUGAUACGCGGGCGAGGGGAUCGAGGCUGGGGGCGUGGGCGAGUAGACAGAGUGAGGUUUUGGAGCCCACUUCUUCUGCAAAUGGUAAUGGUGGUGAGAGUAGUGAUGAUGGGCGGGCGAAGUUGGAUGGCUGGGUGAAGGAUGUCGAGAAGCGCUUUGACGGACAGGACAAGAUCCCGGUGCCGGACUUCUGGGGUGGGUUGAGGGUCGUGCCGGAGGUGAUUGAGUUCUGGCAGGGCAGGGACUCGAGGCUGCAUGAUCGUUUUCAGUAUACCAAACAAGACGAUGGGGGUUGGAAGAUAGAGAGACUAAGUCCUUGA